AAACUGGCUUACUACCUCUAAAAAAACAGCACAAACAUUCUGUUCCUCUUCAGUGCGUAAUUUCCUGUGUCAGUUUGACAGAUGCAAGUGUGGUGUAUUUCACAAACCACAGCUUCGUUGCCUUUGUUGGUGGCGGUUUAGUGUUAUUCUCUGAGGCAUGGAGUUAAUGGUCGAGAUCUUACUGUGGGCCUGUAUUGUCCUGGAAUCUGGGGUAUAUUCAGUCUCACUGCCAGAAAUCACAGAUGGGGAGUUUAUUGAGCAAUGUGUAAGGGAACACAACAGGGUGCGGUCAUCCGUCAAACCACCUGCAAGUGACAUGCUGUACAUGACAUGGGAUGAGGGCUUGGCCAUUACUGCAAGAGCAUGGGCAAGGCACUGCGUAUUUGAACACAACAUCUACCUCAAAGAUGUCCGUCGUGUGCACCCUACCUUCCCUUCUGUGGGAGAGAACAUAUGGACAGGCUACCCACCAUCACAUUUUACAGUGGACACAGCAAUAACAAGAUGGGUGGAUGAAAAACAAGCCUACAACUACAAAGCGAACCAAUGCUCAGAUGUCUGCGGCCACUAUACACAGGUUGUAUGGGCAAGGAGCUACAAGGUUGGUUGUGCCGUCGCCCUGUGCCCGAAUGGUGUCAAAAAAACCAACUUUGGUACUAGAGAGAGUGUCAUGUUUGUGUGCAACUAUGCUACAGCGGGUAAUAUGAAUGGAAUGCAACCAUAUCAAUCUAAAGGGGCAGUCUGCUCUAGAUGUGAAGGCACCUGUAAGGAGAAUCUCUGCCGUAGCCAAGAUCGGGAUUCACAGAAAAGCUACAACUGGACCCCAGACUGGGAUACCCUUGACCCUGUCAAGGGUACCAGUGGCUCCAACUAUGUGGCUAUUCUGGUCGCCCGGCCCAUUGCUCUGAUCUGCACCUUCAUCGCCGCAUAUGCAGUCCACUACUUUUACCCCGAUGUCUUCUGCUAUGAAUAGACGUCCUGUGAUGACCUGAUGAACAUUCAGCCAGGGCUAAGACGAGGAUGAUGAUUUAUAAACAUCAAAGUUAAAUCUUUUUAUUUUUUGUCUAUGCACAGCUGUUAGGUCCCAACAGAGCUGUACAUAAAUCGCCAAAAAGUACAUAUACAUGAAAAAAAAGGCUCCAAAAUUGCUUUUCCUAAGCCACAGAGGAAUCUGAUUGUUCUCCUUCUCCUAUCACUGAGUAACAACUGGCAAAUAUGCGUUAUAUUAACUUCUACAUUAUUCCUGUCUGUUAUAUUAACAUUUUACCCUGCAGUUUGCUAGAAGAGACACACGCUACACCACUAGCCACUAAACAGGAAACCACAGGGUUGAAAGAGAAGCUAACAUACCCAAACCGUGAUCAUUUACUUUACUGGAGUGUACAUCUACAGUGACUGCAAGGGAUUAAAUUUGCAGCAAUCAAUAUUUUUAUAUAAACGAAUGGCACACCUAAGCUCCAAUGACUUUACUAUAUGACCAAUGUUUCAACCACACUUUGUUUUUCUAAAUGUGUGGUCAAUACAUUAAUCAUAUAAUAGAAUCAUUGGAGCUUAGUUGUCUUCACUUGGAUACAUGCCAUUGCUAUGACCAGCACCUAGAUUUUGGUGUUUAUUCACCAUACAAUUCUUCCUAACUAUAUAAACCAAUGGGUCACAUGACCAUACAUGAUAUGAAAGGUGUCGCUCAUGGUGACGAACAGAAAUGAUCCCCUAGCUCUAUGCAGUCAUCAUACUGUGCCUCUA